UGUGUUCUUUCAAAAGCUAACAAAUGAAACGGCGGUCUCCUCGUGCAGCUGGCAGGCGACACCCAAGAUGGCAGAAGCACCACGGCGGGAGAGCACCAGCAGCCUGCAGAGGAAGAAGCCCCCCUGGCUCCGACUGGACAUUCCUGCAGCUCAGGUGUCGCUGGACGAGCCUCCCACUUUUCUUCAGCCGAUGAAGAGGCAGGGCUUCCUGCGCAGCAUCAGCAUGCCGGUGGAGACCUCGCACCUGCAGCCCCCGCCCCGAGACUUCUUGGACGCCCGGCGGCCCGUUUUGCAACGCCAGUCGUCCAUCACUCAGACCAUAAAAAGGAGGGUACAUUUUGAGCGGAUUAACACGGUGCCCGUUAAGGGCCAGCGAGCUGCUCGCCGCAGCACCAGGAAGCACCACUCGCUCUCCAGAACCUUGCUCAGGGGCACCGCCGACUGGUUCGGGGUCAGCAAGGACGGCGACGCCACGCAGAAAUGGCAGAGGAAGAGCCUCCGCCACUGCAGCCUGCGUUACGGCAAGCUGAAGCCGCAAGUCCUGCGCGAGAUGGACCUGCCCAGCCAGGACAACAUCUCCAUGACCAGUACUGAGACUCCGCCCCCCUUGUAUGUCCCCGCCUCCCAGCAUGGCAUGCAAAAGAUCGUGGACCCCCUGGCGCGAGGCCGAGCCUUCCGCAUGGUGGAGGAGGUGGACGGCUACAGCGUGCCACAGACCCCCAUCACCCCCGGGGCGGCCUCGCUCUGCUCCUUCACCAGCUCACGCUCGGGACUCAACCGCAUGCCUCGCCGACGCAAGCGGGAGUCUGUGGCCAAGAUGAGCUUCAGGGCGGCGGCGGCUCUCGUCAAGGGACGCUCCAUACGGGACAGCACGCUGCGCCGGGCCCACAGACGCAGUUUUACUCCUGCCAGCUUCAUGGAGGAAGACAUCCUGGACUUCCCUGAUGAGUUGGACACCUCUUUCUUUGCCCGAGAUAUUUUACUGCCCGAGGAGCUGUCCACGUACGCUGACGAGGUUUUCGAGUCGCCGUCAGAGGCGGCCCUGAAGGAGGCGGAGCACGGCAACAAGAAGGAGGAGACCGAGCUGACAGGAAGUGCGCUGGAUAAGACGGCUCUGGAGCGAAGUCACCUAAUGCUGCCGCUGGAGCGCGGGUGGCGUAAAGCCAAAGAAGGAACACCCGGCCCCCCGAAGGUGCCCCUGCGCCAGGAGGUGGUGAGCAUCAACGGGCAGCGGCGCGGCCAGCGGAUCGUGGUGCCCGUCAAGAAGCUUUUCGCCCGGGAGAAGAGGCCCUACGGACUGGGGAUGGUUGGCAAGCUGACCAACCGCACGUACCGCAAGCGCAUCGACAGCUACGUGAAGAGACAGAUAGAAGACAUGGACGACCACAGGCCUUUUUUUACCUACUGGAUCACCUUUGUCCACUUGCUCAUCACGGUCCUGGCGCUCUGCAUCUACGGCAUCGCACCGGUGGGCUUCUCCCAGCACGAGACCGUGGAUUCUGUUUUAAGAAACAAAGGUGUGUACGAAAAUGUCAAGUUUGUGCAGCAGGAGAACUUCUGGAUCGGGCCGAGCUCGGAGGAUCUGAUCCACUUGGGGGCCAAAUACUCUCCGUGCAUGAGGCAGGACAAGCAAGUGCACGACUUCAUCAGGGAAAAACGAGCCAUCGAACGCAACUCGGCGUGCUGCGUGCGCAACGACCGCUCGGGCUGCGUGCAAACCUCAGAAGAAGAGUGCUCAAGCACUCUGGCUGUGUGGGUCAAGUGGCCGCGCCAUUCCAGCACGCCGCACUUAAACGCCAAAGACAGGCAGUAUGGUUCUGUCUGCCAUCAGGACCCCAGGAUCUGUGUGGAGCCAGCCUCUGUCUCUCCUCACGAGUGGCCUGAUGACAUCACCAAGUGGCCUAUCUGCACCAGGUACACCACAGGGAACCACACCAACCUGCCUCACAUCGACUGCACCAUCACAGGACGACCUUGCUGCAUCGGCACCAAAGGAAGGUGUGAAAUCACAUCCCGGGAAUAUUGUGACUUCAUGAACGGUUACUUUCACGAAGAAGCCACUCUUUGCUCCCAAGUGCAUUGCAUGGACGACGUGUGCGGACUGCUGCCUUUCCUCAACCCUCAGAUCCCAGAUCAGUUCUACAGACUCUGGCUCUCUCUUUUCCUGCACGCCGGAAUCCUCCACUGCUUGGUGUCGGUGGCGUUCCAGAUGACCAUCUUGAGGGACCUGGAGAAGCUGGCGGGUUGGCUGCGUAUUUCCAUUAUCUACAUCGUCAGCGGCAUCACCGGCAACCUGGCCUCCGCCAUCUUCCUGCCCUACAGAGCAGAGGUGGGACCAGCAGGCUCCCAGUUUGGGAUCCUGGCCUGCUUGUUCGUGGAACUGUUCCAGAGCUGGCAGAUCCUGGCGCAGCCUUGGCGGGCCUUCACCAAGCUGCUGUGCGUGGUCCUCUUCCUCUUUGCCUUUGGUCUGUUGCCGUGGAUCGACAACUUCGCCCACAUCAGUGGUUUCGUGUCGGGCUUCUUCCUGUCCUUCGCCUUCCUGCCGUACAUCAGCUUCGGCCGCAUGGACCUGUACCGCAAGCGCUGCCAGAUCAUGGUCUUCCUGCUGGUGUUCCUGGGCCUGUUCUCGGGCCUGGCGGUGCUCUUCUACGUCUACCCCAUCACCUGCGAGUGGUGCGAGCUGCUCACCUGCAUCCCCUUCACAGACAAGUUCUGCGAGAAGUACGACCUCAACGCUCACCUCCACUGAGGCGGGCGCCACUCUGGCUCGAGAAGAGGAAGUUGUUGUACUGCGGUAAGUCCAAAGAAGGACCUCCUUCCUUUCCUUCAGACAGCCUGAGGACCUUUGAGGUGUCUGAAGUCCCGAGGCCUGCGCAGGUACGCCACAAACACGUCUUCCAGUUGUUUCCAUCGGGGGAAGAUCAGAGCCACUUGUGGAAAAUGUACUGGUCUGAAGAUUGAAGUCCAACUUUAGAAAUUCUGGGACUUUUUUCACAGGGUUCUAAUUUUUGGCCUUUAUUUUUUUCAGGGUUUGACCGUCAUUGUGAUUUUUAUUCCCUCUCAUAAGUUCUAGUGAAAAUAUUGUAAUAAAAUGUUUUUUUAAAUACCA